AUGGCAGCUAUGGUCCCACCGGUGAAGCUCAAAUGGCUUGAACAUUUAAACAGCUCUUGGAUUACAGAAGACAGUGAAUCUAUUGCUACAAGAGAAGGAGUUUCUGUCCUGUAUUCUAAACUCAUCAGUAAUAAGGAAGUUGUGCUUCUGCCUCAGCAGGUUUUGUGCCUCAAAGGACCUCAGUUGCCUGAUUUUGAACGUGAAUCUCUUUCAAGUGAUGAACAAGAUCACUAUUUGGAUGCCCUUCUUACCAGUCAGCUGGCCUUGGCUAAGAUGGUAUGUUCAGAUUCCCCAUUUGCUGGAGCACUUCGUAAACGACUUCUUGUACUGCAACGUGUCUUUUAUGCACUUUCUAAUAAAUAUCAUGAUAAAGGCAAAGUGAAACAGCAGCAGCAUUCACCAGAGAGUAAUUCUGGUUCUGCAGACGUCCAUUCUGUUAGUGAACGGCCCCGAUCAAGCACAGAUGCCCUCAUAGAAAUGGGUGUCCGAACUGGACUGAGUUUAUUAUUUGCACUACUAAGGCAGAGUUGGAUGAUGCCUGUUUCAGGACCUGGUCUCAGUCUUUGUAAUGAUGUCAUUCAUACUGCAAUAGAAGUUGUGAGCUCUUUGCCACCAUUAUCUCUAGCAAAUGAAAGUAAGAUUCCACCUAUGGGUUUGGACUGCUUAUCACAAGUGACUAUAUUUCUUAAGGGAGUAACUAUUCCAAAUUCUGGGGCAGACACUUUGGGUCGUAGAUUAGCUUCUGAGUUGUUGCUUGGUUUAGCAGCUCAGCGUGGUUCUUUAAGGUAUCUUCUUGAGUGGAUAGAAAUGGCUUUGGGUGCAUCAGCAGUUGUACAUACCAUGGAGAAAAACAAACUACUGCCAAGCCAGGAAGGAAUGAUCAGCUUUGAUUGCUUUAUGAACAUACUAAUGCAGAUGAGGCGCUCUUUGGGUUCAUCUGCUGAUCGAAGUCAGUGGAGGGAACCAACUAGAUCAUCUGAUGGCUUAUGCUCUCUCUAUGAGGCAUCUCUGUGUCUAUUUGAAGAGGUUUGCAGAAUGGCUUCUGAUUACUCAAGAACAUGUGCUAGCCCAGAUAGCAUUCAAACUGGUGAUGCACCCAUUGUUUCUGAAACUUGUGAAGUCUAUGUUUGGGGUAGUAACAGCAGUCAUCAGUUGGUAGAAGGCACCCAAGAAAAAAUACUGCAACCUAAAUUAGCACCAAGUUUUUCUGAUGCACAGACAAUUGAAGCUGGACAGUAUUGCACUUUUGUAAUUUCUACGGAUGGUUCCGUUAGAGCCUGUGGUAAAGGUAGCUAUGGCAGACUAGGACUUGGAGAUUCCAACAAUCAAUCUACUCUAAAAAAAUUGACAUUUGAGCCACAUCGGUCUAUUAAAAAGGUGUCAUCUUCUAAAGGAUCUGAUGGUCAUACUUUAGCUUUUACCACUGAAGGUGAAGUCUUCAGCUGGGGAGAUGGUGAUUAUGGAAAACUGGGGCAUGGAAAUAGUUCAACACAGAAGUACCCUAAACUUAUUCAGGGACCUCUUCAGGGAAAGGUAGUUGUGUGUGUGUCAGCUGGAUACAGACAUAGUGCUGCUGUCACUGAAGAUGGUGAAUUGUAUACAUGGGGCGAAGGGGAUUUUGGAAGAUUAGGUCAUGGUGACAGUAACAGCCGAAACAUUCCAACUUUAGUAAAAGACAUUAGCAAUGUUGGGGAGGUUUCCUGUGGCAGUUCACACACAAUUGCUUUAUCCAAAGAUGGAAGAACUGUAUGGUCUUUUGGAGGAGGAGACAAUGGCAAACUUGGCCACGGUGAUACAAAUAGAGUUUAUAAACCUAAAGUUAUAGAAGCUUUACAAGGAAUGUUUAUUCGAAAAGUUUGUGCUGGGAGCCAGUCUUCACUUGCCUUGACAUCAACAGGACAGGUCUAUGCAUGGGGUUGUGGAGCUUGUCUAGGUUGUGGUUCUUCAGAAGCUACAGCUUUGAGACCAAAACUUAUUGAAGAACUGGCAGCUACAAGAAUAGUCGAUAUUUCAAUUGGAGACAGUCACUGUUUGGCUCUUUCUCAUGAUAAUGAAGUUUAUGCUUGGGGAAAUAAUUCUAUGGGACAGUGCGGUCAAGGAAAUUCCACAGGUCCUAUUACCAAACCAAAGAAAGUUAGUGGUUUAGAUGGAGUAGCAAUUCAGCAGAUUUCAGCUGGGACAUCACAUAGUUUGGCAUGGACAGCUCUUCCUAGAGACAGGCAAGUUGUAGCAUGGCACCGACCUUACUGUGUGGAUCUUGAAGAGAGUACUUUCUCACAUCUGCGUUCCUUUCUUGAGAGAUACUGUGAUAAAAUAAACAGUGAGAUUCCCCCACUUCCUUUCCCUUCAUCAAGGGAACAUCAUAGUUUCCUCAAAUUGUGCCUGAAGUUGCUGUCCAAUCAUCUUGCUCUUGCCCUUGCUGGAGGAGUAGCUACUAGUAUUCUGGGGAGGCAAGCUGGACCACUGCGAAAUUUGCUCUUUAGGCUAAUGGACUCUUCUGUCCCAGAUGAAAUACAAGAGGUGGUAAUUGAAACUUUGUCAGUGGGAGCAACCAUGUUAUUGCCCCCAUUAAGAGAAAGAAUGGAAUUACUGCAUUCUCUUUUACCCCAAGGACCUGAUCGAUGGGAAAGCUUAUCUAAAGGACAGAGAAUGCAGUUGGAUAUAAUUUUGACAAGUUUACAAGAUCAUACCCAUGUAGCAUCCCUACUUGGUUAUAGCUCACCUUCUGAUGCUACUGAUGUUUCUUCCAUAUGCAUUGCCUAUGGAAACCUGUCGGAUCAACCAUAUGGCACUCAAAGCUGCCAUCCAGAUACUCAUUUAGCUGAAAUUUUAAUGAAGACCUUACUAAGAAAUUUAGGAUUUUAUACAGAUCAAGCUUUUGGAGAACUAGAAAAAAAUAGUGAUAAAUUUUUACUUGGGACGUCAUCAUCUGAGAAUAGCCAACCUGCUCAUCUUCAUGAAUUGCUUUGUUCACUGCAGAAGCAACUACUGGCCUAUUGCCACAUCAACAGUGUUAGUGAGAAUUCUAGCAGUGUGGCAUUGCUUCACAAGCAUCUUCAGCUCUUAUUACCUCAUGCCACAGAUAUCUAUUCACGUUCUGCAAAUUUGCUGAAAGAAAGCCCUUGGAAUGGCAGUGUUGGUGAAAAACUAAGAGAUGUCAUUUAUGUAUCUGCUGCUGGUAGUAUGCUCUGCCAGAUUGUUAACUCUUUACUGUUACUGCCAGUGUCAGUGGCUCGGCCUUUGCUGAGUUAUCUGCUAGACCUCUUGCCACCUCUUGAUUGCCUUAAUAGACUGUUGCCAGCUGCUGCUCUUUUAGAAGACCAAGAGUUGCAGUGGCCUCUUCAUGGAGGGCCAGAACUGAUUGAUCCUGCUGGAGUGCCACUGCCCCAGCCUGCUCAGUCUUGGGUGUGGCUUGUAGAUCUGGAGAGAACUAUUGCUCUCCUCAUUGGACGGUGUCUUGGAGGCAUGCUACAAGGGUCUCCUGGUUCUCCAGAGGAGCAAGAUACAGCUUACUGGUUGAAAACACCACUGUUCAGUGACGGUGUGGAAAUGGAUAUCCCUCAAUUAGAUAAAUGUAUGAGUUGCCUGUUAGAAGUGGCUCUUUCUGGAAAUGAAGAACAGAAGCCAUUUGAUUACAAAUUACGGCCUGAAAUUGCUGUUUUUGUUGACUUGGCAUUGGGUUGCACAAAAGAACCUGCUCGUAGUCUUUGGAUCAGUAUGCAAGAUUAUGCUAUUAGUAAAGAUUGGGACAGUGCAACUUUAAGUAAUGAGUCACUCUUGGACACUGUGUCUAGAUUUGUUCUUGCAGCUCUUCUGAAACACACAAAUUUACUUAGUCAAGCAUGUGGAGAGAGCAGGUAUCAACCAGGCAAAACCUUAGCAGAAGUAUACCGUUGUGUGUAUAAAGUUCGAAGUCGUUUACUUGCCUGCAAGAACUUGGAGCUCAUUCAAACUAGGUCAUCUUCAAGAGACCGAUGGAUUUCAGAAAACCAGGAAUCUGCAGAUACUGAUGCACAGGAACAUUCCUUUACUCGAACCAUUGAUGAAGAAGCAGAGAUGGAAGAGCAAGCAGAGAGAGACCGAGAAGAGGGACAUCCAGAACAAGAAGAUGAAGAAGAAGAGAGAGAGCACGAAGUUAUGACAGCUGGUAAAAUCUUUCAAUGUUUCCUAUCAGCCCGUGAAGUAGCACGCAGCCGGGACCGAGAUAGAAUGAACACUGGGGCAGGGUCUGGGACUCGCGUUGAUGAUCAGCCUCCUCAGUCUCAACAGGAGCGAAGGGUCAGCACAGACCUUCCAGAGGGCCAGGAUGUAUAUACUGCUGCAUGCAAUUCUGUGAUCCAUCGAUGUGCCUUGUUAAUAUUAGGAGUAAGUCCUGUUAUUGAAGAGCUUCAAAAGCGAAGAGAGGAAGGACAGUUGCAGCAGCCCACAACAAGUGCCUCUGAUGGGGUUUUACUUAUGACCAGGAGUGAAAGUCUUACUGCAGAGAGCCGCUCAGUUCAUGCAAGUCCAAAUUAUAGACUGAUCAAAUCAAGGAGUGAAUCUGAUUUAUCUCAACCUGAAUCAGAUGAAGAGGGUUACUCACUGAGUGGAAGACGAAAUGUAGAUUUAGAUUUGCCUUCCUCUCACCGAAAGAGGGGACCUGUACACAGUCAAAUGGAAUCUUUGAGUGACUCUUGGACUCGCCUGAAACACAGAGACUGGCUGUUCACCUCUUCUUAUUCAUUUGAAUAUGAUUUCGAUCUUACUAAGGCCCUUGGAGUUCAUACUUUGAUUGAAAAUGUCGUUAGCUUUGUAAGUGGAGAUGUGGGGAAUGCUCCAGGAUUUAAGGAACCAGAGGAAAGUAUGUCCACAAGUCCCCAGGCCUCGAUUAUUGCAAUGGAACAGCAGCAGCUAAGGGCAGAGCUUCGUUUGGAGGCCCUUCAUCAGAUCCUAGUUCUGUUAUCUGGGAUGGAGGAAAAAGGCAGCGUACCCUUAACAGGAAGCAGGCAAGGGUCAGGAUUUCAGUCAUCUCUACUUCUUACAUCAGUUAGACUGCAGUUUCUAGCUGGGUGUUUUGGUUUAGGAACAGUAGGACAUGCAGGAGCCAAAGGAGAAAGUGUACGAUUACAUCAUUAUCAGGAUGGCAUCAGAGCAGCAAAGAGAAAUAUUCAGAUUGAAAUUCAGGUGGCUGUACAUAAGAUAUAUCAGCAAUUGUCUGCAACUUUGGAGAGAGCCCUGCAAGCAAAUAAACACCACAUUGAAGCUCAACAGCGUCUCCUCUUGGUAACAGUUUUUGCUCUGAGUGUUCAUUACCAACCAGUUGAUGUUUCUUUGGCAAUUUCCACUGGUCUCUUAAAUGUAUUGUCACAAUUAUGUGGCACGGACACUAUGCUAGGGCAACCUCUGCAGCUGUUGCCCAAAACUGGUAUUUCUCAGCUUAGCAUAGCUUUGAAAGUUGCCAGUACAAGACUGCUACAGAUUCUGGCCAUCACCACUGGGACCUAUGCUGACAAAUUGAGUCCUAAGGUAGUGCAGUCCUUGCUUGAUCUAUUAUGUAGUCAGUUGAAGAAUUUAUUAUUACAAGCUGGUGUGUUACUUAUGGUUUCCUUUGGAGAAGGUGAAGAGGAAGAAGAAGAAGAAGAAGAAAAAAAAGUUGAUCCUUGUGGAGAUAUUGAGAAGAGAGACUUCAGAGCUGUGCUUAGAAAACAACAUGCAGCAGAACUACACUUAGGGGAUUUUCUGGUUUUUUUGCGAAGAGUUGUGUCUUCAAAAGCUAUUCAGUCAAAAAUGGCUUCUCCAAAGUGGACUGAAGUGCUUCUUAACAUUGCAUCUCAGAAGUGUUCUUCAGGUAUUCCACUGGUGGGUAAUUUAAGGACUAGAUUACUUGCACUUCAUGUCCUUGAAGCUGUGUUACCAGCUUGUGAAUCUGGGGUUGAAGAUGAUCAAAUGGCUCAGGUUGUUGAAAGAUUGUUUUCUCUUCUGUCGGACUGUAUGUGGGAGACACCCAUUGCUCAGGCCAAACAUGCAAUUCAGAUAAAGGAGAAAGAGCAGGAAAUGAAGUUACAGAAGCAAGGAGAAUUAGAGGAAGAAGAUGAAAACCUUCCUAUUCAAGAAGUAUCUUUUGACCCAGAGAAAGCUCAGUGCUGUCUAGUGGAAAAUGGACAGAUUUUAACUCAUGGCAGUGGAGGAAAAGGAUAUGGAUUAGCAUCAACAGGUGUAACAUCUGGAUGUUAUCAAUGGAAGUUUUACAUUGUAAAGGAAAACCGUGGUAAUGAAGGCACAUGCGUUGGAGUUUCUCGAUGGCCAGUACAUGAUUUUAACCACCGCACUACCUCAGAUAUGUGGUUGUAUAGAGCCUACAGUGGUAACCUGUACCAUAAUGGAGAACAGACUUUGACAUUGUCCAGUUUUACUCAAGGAGAUUUUAUCACUUGUGUAUUAGACAUGGAAGCCAGAACCAUUUCCUUUGGUAAAAAUGGAGAGGAACCUAAACUAGCUUUUGAAGAUGUGGAUGCAGCAGAGUUAUAUCCUUGUGUAAUGUUCUAUAGCAGCAAUCCUGGAGAAAAGGUGAAAAUCUGUGAUAUGCAGAUGCGGGGUACACCAAGAGACUUGCUUCCUGGUGAUCCUAUAUGUAGCCCCGUAGCUGCAGUACUCGCUGAGGCCACUAUUCAGUUAAUUCGUAUUCUUCAUCGAACAGACCGUUGGACACAUUGCAUAAACAAGAAAAUGAUGGAAAGACUACAUAAAAUUAAGAUGUGCAUUAAAGAAAUUGGUCAAAAACUAAAGAAAAGUCGCUCGGUUCAAAGCCGAGAAGAGAAUGAGAUGAGAGAGGAAAAAGAGAACAAAGAGGAAGAGAAAGGUAAACAUAGUAGGCACGGUCUUGCUGACCUCUCAGAGCUACAGUUGAAGACACUCUGCAUAGAGGUGUGGCCUGUGCUUGCAGUGAUAGGUGGAGUUGAUGCUGGUCUUAGAGUUGGAGGUCGAUGUGUUCACAAGCAGACUGGACGUCAUGCCACCUUACUUGGUGUGGUCAAAGAAGGUAGUACAUCUGCCAAGGUCCAGUGGGAUGAAGCAGAAAUUACUGUCAGCUUCCCAACUUUUUGGUCGCCUAGUGAUACUCCAUUGUAUAAUCUGGAACCCUGUGAACCGCUGCCCUUUGAUGUUGCAAGAUUUCGUGGAUUGACAGCUUCUGUGCUGCUGGAUCUCACUUAUCUGACUGGCAUUCAUGAAGAUAUGGGCAAACAGAGCACUAAGAGACAUGAAAAGAAACAUCGGCACGAAUCUGAAGAGAAAGGGGACAUUGAACAAAAAACAGAGGCUGAUCCUGCUUCAGAUGUAAGAACAAGCUUAAGUUCUGAUGAUGCCAAAAGUCAUGGCGCUACAAACUCCAAAUCAGAAAAUGAAAUACCUUCAUUUUCUUUAGAUUCAGCCCCACAAAAUGUGGAGUCCCAGCACCAAAUAGUAGAAGGAAAACGAAAAAACCAUGAACAUAUUUCCAAAAACCAUGAUAUUGCUCAGUCAGAAAUAAGAGCUGUACAGUUGUCUUACCUCUAUCUUGGUGCUAUGAAAUCACUUAGUGCUCUUCUUAGUUGCAGUAAGUAUGCUGAAUUGUUAUUGAUACCAAAAGUCUUAGCUGAAAAUGGUCACAACUCAGAUUGUGCAAGUUCUCCAGUUGUUCAUGAAGAUGUUGAAAUGCGUGCAGCGCUGCAGUUCUUGAUGCGACACAUGGUGAAACGAGCAGUCAUGCGAUCUCCCAUAAAGAGAGCUUUAGGACUGGCAGACUUGGAAAGAGCCCAAGCUAUGAUCUACAAAUUAGUAGUCCAUGGCCUUUUGGAAGACCAAUUUGGUGGCAAAAUCAAACAAGAAGUUGAUCAGCAAACAGAAGAAACUGAUCAGACGCAACAGGCACAGACACCAGUUACCACUAGUCCUUCAGCUUCCAGUACAACAUCCUUUAUGAGUAGUUCUCUGGAAGAUACAACUACAGCAACUACCCCAGUAACUGAUACUGAGACAGUGCCUGCCUCAGAGUCACCAGGGGUUAUGCCCCUUAGUCUUCUCAGGCAAAUGUUCUCCAGUUAUCCAACUACUACUGUUCUUCCCACUCGACGUGCACAGACUCCACCAAUAUCCUCCUUACCAACAUCUCCUUCUGAUGAAGUUGGAAGGAGACAAAGCCUGACUUCUCCUGAUUCACAAUCCACAAGGCCUGCCAAUCGAACAGCUUUAUCUGAUCCAAGUAGCAGACUUUCAACUUCCCCUCCUCCACCAGCUAUUGCAGUGCCUUUGUUGGAAAUGGGAUUCUCUCUUCGGCAGAUCGCAAAAGCUAUGGAAGCCACAGGUGCAAGAGGUGAAGCAGAUGCCCAGAACAUUACAGUCCUGGCCAUGUGGAUGAUAGAACAUCCUGGUAAUGAGGAUGAUGAGGAACCUCAGUCAGGCAGCGCUUCUGAUUCAUGUCAUGGAGGAACAGUUUCAAGCAGCAGCUGUGGGAAAUCUAACGAUCCUUGUUAUUUGCAAUCACCUGGGGACAUACCAUCAGCUGAUGGUACUGAAAUGGAGGAUGCAUUUAAUGAAAGCUCUGAUAAUUUGGAUCAUUCGGAAAAUACAGCUUCUGGAAGUGUACCUCCUUCAAGGAGUCGAUCAGCAGUAACAAGAAGACACAAAUUUGAUUUAGCUGCUCGGACAUUGCUGGCAAGAGCAGCGGGGUUAUACCGUUCUGUACAGGCCCAUAGGAAUCAAAGUCGAAGAGAGGGAAUUUCUUUACAGCAAGACCCUGGGGCAUUAUAUGACUUUAACUUGGAUGAAGAAUUGGAAAUUGAUCUAGAUGAUGAAGCAAUGGAGGCAAUGUUUGGACAAGACCUGACCAGUGAUAAUGAUAUUCUGGGAAUGUGGAUCCCAGAGGUAUUGGAUUGGCCUACCUGGCAUGUUUGCGAAUCAGAAGACAGAGAAGAAGUGGUGGUGUGUGAGUUGUGUGAAUCCAGUGUUGUCAGCUUCAACCAACACAUGAAAAGAAACCAUCCUGGCUGUGGUAGGAGUGCUAAUCGGCAGGGCUAUCGGAGCAAUGGUUCUUAUGUAGAUGGAUGGUUUGGUGGUGAAUGUGGAAGUGGAAAUCCAUAUUACCUCUUGUGUGGCAGCUGCAGAGAGAAAUAUUUGACUCUGAAGACUAAAUCCAAGACAUCAAUUUCUGAAAGGUACAAGGGACAGGCUCCAGAUCUAAUUGGCAAGCAAGACAGUGUGUAUGAAGAAGACUGGGACAUGCUGGAUGUUGAUGAGGAUGACAAACUUACUGGUGAAGAAGAAUUUGAAUUGCUUGCUGGACCACUAGGUUUAAAUGACCGCCGUAUUGUACCAGAGCCAGUUCAGUUCCCUGAUAGUGAUCCACUUGGCGCAUCUGUGGCAAUGGUUACUGCCACUAACAGUAUGGAAGAAACUUUGAUGCAAAUAGGUUGCCAUGGCUCUGUAGAAAAAAGUUCUUCAGGUAGAAUCACAUUAGGAGAGCAAGCUGCUGCUCUGGCAAAUCCACAUGAUCGUGUAAUGGCUUUAAGAAGAGUGACUGCAGCAGCUCAGGUUCUUCUAGCAAGAACAAUGGUGAUGAGAGCACUUUCCUUGCUUUCUGUCAGUGGUUCCAGUUGUAGUCUUGCUGCUGGCCUUGAGUCCUUGGGUUUAACAGAUAUCAGAACUCUGGUUCGAUUAAUGUGCUUGGCUGCAGCAGGGAGAGCUGGCCUCUCUACAAGUCCUUCCUCUGUGGCUUCUUCCUCAGAACGUUCUCGAGGAGUUCACAGCAAGACCAACAAACCAAUAUCAUGUCUAGCCUAUUUAAGCACAGCUGUGGGCUGUCUGGCAUCUAAUACUCCUAGUGCUGCAAAACUGCUGGUACAGUUGUGUACACAGAACUUGAUUUCUGCUGCAACAGGUGUUAAUUUAACUACAGUUGAUGAUCCAAUUCAGCUCAAGUUUUUGCCCAGCUUUCUCCGAGGAAUUGCAGAAGAAAACAAGCUUGUGACUUCUCCCAACUUUGUAGUAACUCAGGCCCUUGUGGCAUUGUUAGCAGACAAAGGAGCUAAACUGAGACCUAACUAUGAUAAAGCAGAAAUUGAGAAGAAAGGCCCUCUGGAGCUGGCUAAUGCAUUGGCAGCUUGCUGCCUCUCUUCAAGGUUGUCCUCACAACAUAGGCAGUGGGCUGCUCAACAACUUGUGCGGACACUUGCUGCACAUGAUCGAGACAACCAAACUAGUCCUCAGACUUUGGCUGACAUUGGAGGAGAUCUGAGGAAAUGUUUCUUUAUAAAGUUGGAAGCUCAUCAAAAUAGGGUAAUGACAUGUGUUUGGUGUAAUAAAAAAGGACUUCUAGCAACCAGUGGCAAUGAUGGCACCAUAAGAGUUUGGAAUGUAACCAAGAAGCAGUAUUCACUACAACAAACUUGUGUAUUCAACAGAUUGGAAUGUGAAUCAGAUGAAAGCCUAGGAUCACCUAGCGAUCCAAGUUUCUCACCAGUCUCUUGGAGUAUCAGUGGCAAAUAUCUAGCUGGGGCUUUAGAGAAGAUGGUGAAUAUCUGGCAAGUUAAUGGAGGAAAAGCAUUAGUUGAUACUCAGCCACAUUGGGUAUCUGCUUUGGCUUGGCCAGAAGAAGGUCCAGCUACAACUUGGUCAUCAGAUUCUCCAGAGUCAUUGUUAGUGGGACGGAUGGAUGGAUCUCUUGGGCUAAUUGAAGUUGUAGAUGUGUCAACUAUGCAUCGCAAAGAGUUGGAGCAUUGUUAUCGAAAGGAUGUUUCUGUUACCUGCCUUGCCUGGUUCAGUGAAGAUAGACCUUUUGCAGUGGGAUAUUUUGAUGGCAAAUUGUUGUUAGGAAUGAAGGAACCACUUGAAAAAGGAGGAAUUAUUCUGGUCGAUGCACAUAAGGACACUCUUGUUGGUAUAAAAUGGGAUCCAACUGGCCAUAUUCUUAUGACAUGUGCCAAAGAAGAAAAUGUGAAGCUCUGGGGGCCUAUGGCAGGUUGCUGGAGAUGUUUAUACUCACUUUCACAUUCAUCUAUCGUGAAUGGCAUUGCCUGGUGUAACCUACCAGGAAAAGGACCCAAGUUGCAAUUAUUGAUCGCUACUGGUUGUCAGAAUGGUUUAGUGUGUGUGUGGCGUGUUUCCCAAGAUGCAUUGAAUAUAUUACAGUCUAGUGUAACUAGUUCUGAAGAAUGGUGGGAACAAGAAUCAAAUGACAAGGAUAACUACAGAAAAUCUACAGGUGCUACAUGUGUUUAUCAAUUAAAAGGGCACAUCACUCCUGUUCGGACAGUUGCCUUCAGUUCUGAUGGUUUAGCAUUAGUAUCUGGUGGACUUGGUGGACUUAUGAACAUUUGGUCUUUAAGGGAUGGCUCAAUAUUGCAGACUGUUGUGAUAGGAUCUGGAGCUAUUCAGACCACGGUGUGGAUUCCUGAUGUUGGAGUAGCUGCUUGCUCAAACAGAUCAAAGGAUGUUUUGGUUGUAAGUUGCACAUCAGAAUGGGUAGCUGCCAAUCAUGUUCUAGCAACAUGUAGGACUGCAUUGAAGCAACAGGGUGUUUUGGGAUUAAACAUGGCCCCCUGCAUGAGAGCCUUCUUGGAACGGCUACCCAUUAUGCUUCAGGAACAGUAUGCAUAUGAAAAGCCACAUGUAGUUUGUGGGGAUCAGCUCGUUCAUAGUCCUUAUAUGCAAUGUCUAGCUUCGCUUGCUGUUGGACUGCACCUAGAUCAGCUUUUAUGUAACCCACCAGUACCGCCUCAUCACCAGAGCUGUCUUCCUGACCCUUCAUCAUGGAAUCCAACUGAAUGGGCAUGGUUGGAAUGCUUCUCAACCACCGUAAAAGCUGCUGAAGCACUGGCAAAGGGGGCACAAUUUCCAGAAUCCUUCACUGUUCCUGACCUAGAACCAGUUCCAGAAGAUGAACUUGCAUUCCUGAUGGAUAACAGUAAAUGGAUUAAUGGUAUGGAUGAACAGAUUAUGUCUUGGGCAACAUCAAGACCUGAGGAUUGGCAUCUAGGAGGCAAAUGUGAUGUCUAUCUCUGGGGUGCUGGAAGGCAUGGACAACUCGCUGAAGCCGGUAGAAAUGUGAUGAUACCAGCUGCUGCUCCUUCAUUCUCACAGGCUCAACAGGUCAUUUGUGGACAGAAUUGCACCUUUGUUAUCCAGGCCAAUGGCACAGUAUUGGCUUGUGGGGAAGGAAGUUACGGCAGAUUGGGACAGGGAAAUUCAGAUGACCUUCAUGUAUUGACAGUUAUUUCAGCAUUACAAGGCUUCGUGGUAACACAACUAGUAACUUCUUGUGGCUCUGAUGGCCAUUCCAUGGCCUUAACUGAAAGUGGUGAGGUUUUCAGCUGGGGAGAUGGAGACUAUGGCAAGCUUGGACAUGGAAACAGUGACCGGCAACGCCGACCCAGGCAAAUAGAGGCUUUGCAAGGAGAGGAAGUGAUUCAGAUGUCAUGUGGCUUCAAACACUCAGCAGUAGUGACUUCAGAUGGCAAGCUUUUUACAUUUGGGAAUGGUGACUAUGGUCGUUUGGGCCUUGGAAACACUUCUAACAAAAAGCUUCCCGAGAGAGUGACGGCUUUAGAGGGAUAUCAAAUUGGACAAGUGGCUUGUGGAUUAAAUCAUACUCUAGCUGUGUCUGCAGAUGGCUCAAUGGUGUGGGCUUUUGGAGAUGGAGACUAUGGAAAGCUUGGCUUGGGAAAUUCUACUGCAAAGUCUUCACCACAGAAAGUAGAUGUUCUUUGUGGAAUUGGAAUCAAAAAAGUUGCUUGUGGCACACAGUUUUCUGUUGCAUUGACAAAGGAUGGUCACGUAUAUACUUUUGGACAGGACCGGUUGAUAGGCUUGCCAGAAGGACGUGCUCGAAAUCACAACCGACCACAACAAAUUCCGGUCCUAGCUGGAGUCGUUAUUGAGGAUAUAGCAGUAGGAGCUGAACAUACACUUGCUCUAGCAUCAACUGGAGAUGUAUAUGCCUGGGGCAGUAACUCAGAAGGACAGCUUGGAUUGGGACACACUAACCAUGUUCGAGAACCAACUCUAAUAACAAUUCUGCAAGGGAAGAAUAUUCGACAGAUUUCAGCUGGUCGUUGUCAUAGUGCCGCAUGGACUGCUUCACCUGUUCCACCAAGAGCGCCAGGUGUCUCAGUGCCUUUACAGCUGGGUUUGCCUGAUGCUAUCCCUCCCCAGUAUGGUGCACUGAAGGAAGUGAGCAUUCACACAGUAAGAGCCAGGCUCAGAUUGCUCUAUCACUUUUCAGAUCUCAUGUAUUCUUCUUGGAGGUUACUGAAUCUAAGCCCCAAUAAUCAGAAUAGUACAUCUCAUUAUAAUGCUGGAACUUGGGGAAUCGUGCAAGGACAACUUAGACCUCUGUUAGCACCAAGAGUCUACACACUCCCUAUGGUACGGUCCAUAGGAAAAACAAUGGUACAGGGCAAAAACUAUGGUCCUCAAAUAACUGUAAAACGAAUAUCAACAAGAGGUCGAAAAUGUAAGCCCAUUUUUGUACAGAUAGCAAGACAAGUGGUGAAGCUCAAUGCUUCAGACCUUCGUCUGCCCUCACGAGCCUGGAAAGUUAAGUUGGUUGGAGAAGGUGCUGAUGAUGCUGGAGGAGUGUUUGAUGACACCAUUACAGAAAUGUGUCAGGAACUUGAAACUGGUGUAGUUGACCUUCUUAUUCCAUCCCCAAAUGCUACAGCAGAAGUGGGUUACAACAGAGACAGGUUCCUUUUUAAUCCUUCAGCCUUCUUAGAUGAACACUUAAUGCAGUUUAAGUUCUUAGGAAUUCUGAUGGGUGUUGCUAUCCGUACCAAGAAGCCUUUAGAUCUCCACUUGGCUCCAAUGGUUUGGAAACAAUUAUGCUGUAUCCCACUCACUUUGGAGGACUUAGAGGAAGUGGAUCUGCUCUAUGUGCAGACCCUUAAUAGCAUUCUUCACAUUGAAGACAGUGGGAUUACUGAAGAGAAUUUCCAUGAGAUGAUUCCUCUUGAUUCUUUUGUGGGUCAGAGUGCUGAUGGCAAAAUGGUUCCUAUUAUCCCUGGUGGGAAUAGCAUUCCACUUACAUUUUCCAAUAGGAAGGAAUAUGUGGAAAGGGCUAUUGAGUAUAGACUUCAUGAAAUGGACCGGCAGGUAGCUGCUGUCCGAGAAGGAAUGUCAUGGAUCAUCCCCGUACCCUUGUUAUCCCUCUUGACUGCAAAGCAGCUAGAGCAGAUGGUCUGCGGAAUGCCUGAGAUCUCUGUUGAGGUUCUGAAGAAAGUUGUCCGAUACAGGGAAGUGGAUGAACAACAUCAGUUGGUGCAGUGGUUCUGGCAUACUUUGGAAGAGUUCUCCAAUGAAGAGAGAGUCCUUUUCAUGAGGUUUGUGUCAGGGAGGUCUCGGCUGCCAGCCAACACUGCAGAUAUAUCUCAGCGAUUCCAGAUCAUGAAGGUUGAUAGGCCUUAUGACAGCUUGCCUACCUCACAGACCUGUUUCUUUCAAUUGAGGCUUCCACCUUACUCCAGUCAGCUAAUCAUGGCAGAGCGUUUGCGCUAUGCAAUCAAUAACUGCAGGUCGAUAGAUAUGGACAAUUACAUGCUCUCCCGCAAUGUGGACAAUGCAGAGGGCUCAGACACAGAUUAUUAACCUGUGAACAAAAUCAUCUUCCUUUUAUUGCAGAAUAAUGCCCAAUUCCAAUUCAAUGUCAACACACUUUUAUGGUAAACAUAAAUGUUUUAGGAGCAUAAACCAACAUUAUAAACAGUGGCCACAUUUAGUUAACUCUAAAUGUAACAACAAAAGAGAAUAGAUGUUUUUAUUUUUCUGUGAUUGUAAAAAAAAGAAAAAGAAAAAAGAAAUUAAAAGUGCUCUCGGUAAGGUUUUCUCCCUCCCCAAACUCCCCUCCAUAUUUUGGUCACUUUUGAUAAGUUUGCAUGGAGCCAUUUGGUGCAUUUUUGGUUGGGAAUGGUACAUUUGUAAGCCCUCCCAGUGAACAUGAAGUUGUACAUUGUGUAUAAUUGUUCAUUAGAAAGGACAGUUUUACAUGAAUAUUCAUAUAUUUAUUUUGUUUUAAUUUGAAUUGCCUGUGCAGGGUUCCUUAUGCAGAGAAAUAAAGCAGAUUCAAGAA